AUGGGAGUAGUUGGUAACAAUGUUGAUGAUUCAACUCGUGGUAAUAGCCUAAGGUCAAAUGCACAUGAAGAGAAGAUCUUUGUUUCAAUCAGAUUGAGGCCUUUGAAUGAGAGAGAAAUCGCAAACAAUGAUGCCUCCGAUUGGGAUUGCAUCAACAACACGACCCUUGUGUUCAGAAAUAGCGCCUCAGAGCGUUCAACUUCGCCAACUGCCUACUCGUUUGACAGAGUAUUUGGAAAUGAUUCCUCCACGAGGCAAGUGUACGAGGAAGGGGCCAGAAGUGUUGCUCUUUCAGUUGUUAGCGGUAUCAACUCAAGUAUAUUUGCAUAUGGCCAAACAAGCAGCGGAAAAACAUACACAAUGUCCGGGAUAACUGGCCAUACAGUAGCCGAUAUAUAUGACUAUGUUGACAAGAACACUAGCAGAAAAUUCAUCUUGAAAUUCUCUGCAAUGGAGAUUUACAAUGAAGCUGUGAGGGACCUUCUCAGCUCAGAUAACACUCCUUUAAGACUCCUGGAUGAUCCAGAGAGAGGAACCGUGGUAGAAAAAUUAUCGCAGAUCACAUUGAAGGACAAGGAUCAUUUAAGAGAACUCCUAUCUGUUUGCGAAGCUCAGAGACAAAUUGGAGAGACCGCUCUGAAUGAAAUGAGUUCCAGAUCACAUCAAAUUCUGCGAUUAACAGUUGAAAGCUCUCCUCGGGAAUACAAGCGUUUUGAGAAUUCAGCCACUUUAACAGCUACAGUGAAUUUUGUUGAUCUUGCUGGAAGCGAGCGUGCCUCUCAAACUAUGUCAGCUGGUACUCGUCUAAAAGAAGGUAGCCACAUUAAUCGUAGUUUGCUUACCCUUGGGACAGUUAUACGCAAACUAAGCAAAGGUAGAAAUGGACAUGUUCCAUACAGAGACUCCAAGCUAACACGCAUACUGCAGAACUCUUUAGGAGGCAAUGCAAGAACAGCCAUCAUUUGCACCAUGAGCCCGGCACAUUCUCAUGUAGAACAAUCCCGAAACACUCUGUUGUUUGCAAGUUGUGCCAAACAGGUCAGCACAAAUGCGCAUGUUAAUGUCAUGAUGUCAGAGAAGGCUUUGAUAAAGCAGCUACAGAGGGAAUUAGCAAGACUCGAGAAUCAAUUGAAGAAUUUAGGAUCACUUUCUAUGUCAGGUGAUUCUGAUGCACUCAAAGAAAAGGAGCUUCUCAUUCAGAAGAUGGAUAGAGAGAUUAGAGAGUUAACGCAGCAACGUGAUCAAGCUCAUUUCCGUCUUCAGAAUUUGGUGCCUCCAGCUGGAGAAUAUCAACGUUCAAAACAUUGGGAUGAGCAAAGCAGCAUUUCAGAGUCCCAUGAGAAACUUGCUUGGUUCGGUGAAUAUGCUGCUUCAGAAACAUCAGAGAUCAUUGAUCCUCUUCGCUUCGAUGCUGGAUCUAUCGCAUCUUAUUUUUCUGACAGAAGUGAAGGCCUAAAUCUGAACAAACGUGAUGAACAGAUUCCUGAGCCAUCAGAAGAACAAUUUCUCUCCGAUGAUACCUCCCCAAGAUUGUUUAUUGAGAAAUACUUUGGACCAGAUCCGACAAAAGGUUGGGAAAAGACAGCGCAAGGAGUUGACAUGAGUACUGAAGAUACUUGCAAGGAAGUCCAAUGCAUUGAAAUAGUCACAACCACGAAUAAGGCAAGCCUGGACUCGGGGCCAUUUCAAGGAAAUGACAAUCUUCAGCAUCAAGAGAUGGAUCACAUUCACCAUGAUAAAGAAACUUUGGACCCAGCAAUUGAAGAAAAACAAAAAACCAUGGAAUGUGUUGUUAAUGGUUCUGAACACCCUGAACCAUCCCCCUGUUCAUCAGACUCAGAGUCACCUGACCCAAAUGUAGUUGAUCUUUCGAGGAGCAGAAGUUCUGGAGCAGUCCUUACUACAACCCCACCAUCUCGCACUCCUGAGAUGGAAAAGGAAGAUGACACGCGGUUCAUUGGAGUGAAGGACUCUAUCAAAAGUCAUGUGGCCAGUGAGCCAGAACUCUCUAAGCUGGAAGAACCAGCUCUAGAUGGCAAAAAUUGUCAGGAAGAUAAUCUGAAGGAGUCGCUUGAUAUGGUCGAAUCCACAGAUGGUAAACAACAGAUCAUCAUGUCAUUGGGACUUCACGAUAAGAAAAUCAAAUCCGAGAAGCAGUUCAGGGAUAUCGUCAACUCCACAGAUGGUAAACAACAAAUCAUCAUGUCAUUGGGACUGGAUGAUAAGAUGGUCAAGCCUGAGAAGCAGUUCACGAACAACCUUGUCCAGGAGGCUGAAUCAAUAUUAACCCCCACCAAAAUGGAGAAAGAUUUUACACAAGUCCCCAGUGGAGAGAAUGAUCUUCAGAAAUCCCCUUCCAACUGGCCAAUGGAAUUUGAGAAGCAAAGGGCAGAAAUAAUACAACUUUGGGAUGCUUGCAACAUUGCAUUAGUCCACAGGAGCUACUUCUAUCUUGUCUUUAAGGGUGACCCCUCGGAUGCCAUAUACAUGGAGGUGGAGCUAAGACGGUUGUCAUAUCUCAAGGAUUCACGAGGGACUAAUAUUGCAAGCAUGAAGGUACUCAAACGAGAAAGAGAGAUGCUGAGCAAGUUGAUGCUUAAGAAGUUCUCAGCAAAGGAAAGAGAAGCCCUAUUCCUGAAAUACGGCAUUGGACUAAAAACAAAGAGAAGACGACUUCAAUUGUGCAGGAAACUAUGGACAGACACAAAAGACAUGGAACACAUCAAAGAGAGCGCGGCCCUAGUCGCGAAACUUGUCGGGUAUGUGGAGGAGCUGAGCCAGGUCCCAAAGGAGGUUGUUGGACUCACCUUCUCAACCCCUCAAGUGAACAUCAGGUCCUUCAGCUGGAAAAACAGCAUGCCGUCCCUCAUAUAA